UUUUUAUAUUCUUUAGGUGAAGCAAUAAGGCAACAUUAUAUGCUGCCAGUGAGCCUAAGUUUUAGGCUCACGGUCUCAGAGGUGCUCUCGGAUCAGCUCUCAUGGUGACAUCUGCAGUCUUUCACUGGAUCUCACAAACAGCAUUUUGAUGCCAGCAUGAGUUGCAGUAUCUUGAAGAUUGGCUUCAUUGUGAAGCAUUGAAAUUGAGUUGCAAAUUCACCUGGAUCCCAGAUGCAUACCCUUUACUCAAGCGAAAGCACCAUUGCUAUUUCUAUCUCAGUCCAAGUCUAUCAUGUGGACUUCUACUGCCAUACUCUACCUCUGAAUUGAAGUGCCAGCUGGAUUGGAUAAUUUUCAUCAUUUGCUACUUAUUGAUGCAUGAGAGCCUGCCAGUGAUGGACUGCAUUUUUUAAUUGUUCCUGUGAACGAACUAUUAUUGAUUCAUUCUUGAUCCUGUGGAUCAUUGUGUUUGGAGUUUAUUGCACUGAAGUCAAAAUGUUUGGCCCAUCACAAGUGAGAAGUCACAGCUACAGUCUUCUCCAAUUCUGUGCAAUAGUGACAGUAUGCUUUUUCCCCCCUUAUGCUUAUGUGUUUGCUGAGAAAGAGUCAGUGUUUCCUCAAGAGCCCCAAGAUACCCAAGAUACGGCUCUGGGAAGUUUGGCUGUAACUUCCAACGAGACCGAUUCAAUGGCUCCUAAUACAAUAGGUGGACUUGGUGCUGGUUUCUUCCAUGGCUUUCUGGCCUCUCUCUCCGUGAUCAUCAUUUCAGAACUAGGCGAUAAGACAUUCUUCAUUGCUGCAAUUAUGGCCAUGAAGCACUCUCGAUUGACAGUGUUUUCUGGAGCUAUGCUUGCUCUCACCUUCAUGACGAUCUUGUCUGCUCUGCUUGGAUAUUCUACAACUGUCAUCCCAAGAGUAUACACCUAUUAUGCAUCUGCUGCCUUGUUUGCCUUGUUUGGCAUCAAGAUGCUGAAGGAAGGGAUCAGCAUGUCUUCAAAUGAAGGACAGGAAGAGUUUGAGGAGGUUCAGUCAGAUCUCCGGAAGAAAGAGGAGGAAUGUAUAGAUCUUGAAGGGGGUGGUGGACCCUUGCGACCAUCUCAGAAACUCCUCUCCUUUGUGUCAAGGAUCCUUCUUCAAGCUUUCACCCUUACAUUCCUGGCUGAAUGGGGUGAUCGCUCGCAGUUGGCCACCAUAAUCUUGGCAGCAAGAGAUAAUGUAUGGGGUGUGACAGUAGGAGGUGUAUGUGGGCAUGCACUCUGCACUGCCUUAGCUGUGAUUGGAGGUCGAAUAAUUGCUCAAAGGAUCUCAGUCAAAACAGUUACCAUUGUUGGUGGAUUUGUCUUCCUGGGAUUUGCAGUGUCAACGCUGUUUAUACCCCCUGAUUGAAAAUGUUCAAAGAAUAUUUUCUUCAGUGAUAACAUGCAGCUUGCACCAAUCCUAUGUUGUAGCUCAAGAUGUGAUGGCAUAGAAGAACACGACAAAUUCUUGAUGAUGGUGAUGGUUUGAAGAUGGUAGAUUUAUGUGAGAUGUUGAAUAAUCUUGAUGUGAUAUGUAUACAUCUCUCAUGGUGGGUGGUCUGUGCUUGAAAUGGUGACAUUGUAGGUAUGAUUAUUAUAUAUUUGAAUCUAAUUUAAGAGCCAAAAAAUUCAAUUUUCUACAUUGUCCUUUUAAUUUAUGAAUACAGAUGGAUGUGAUAAGAAAAUCUUUUUGGGCAUUGUAAUAUUGAAGUUAUGUUUGAAAGUUUAUUCAUGGAGGAGUUGGGUUGUGAAUUUUUUUUAUGUGUUUCCAGGUAUCACACCUUCAUAUCUCUUGGUAGCUGGAGCAUUGGCUUCCUCACCAUGUCCACAACAUACUUUUAUCCAUGAAUUUCUCUGUUGACUUUCAAAUCCCACUUAGGGAUCUUGGUAUGGACAUGAGUGAAGAAACAUCUUAUAGGUGUUGUACUAGCUUGGCUGCAAGUUUCUCAUGUGAAACUAUGAAGUUUUGCUCCCCAUUGCCAUUUUGUUUUUGGUUUUUUCCUUCUUUCACGCUUGGUUCCUCUGCAGUUCUCUUGAGGAAGGAAGCCUGCUGUGUUAGACAAUGGUGACGAUAGCGAAAUUCAAAGCCAACUGACCUGGCAUUUCCCAAGAUAGAUUUGUGUAUGUUUCACCUUCCCUUCCAGAUGUGUGGGAUGAUGACCACGAACAAGAAAACGCCUUUGAGGACGUCUAUGAGGGCAAGAUAAGCUCAGAUGGGGAUAACGCUUUUCAUUUAAGGGUGUGGAGCAAUGUUGUUGGGAAUAUAUUUUUUCGAUCGUAUGGC